CGCGAACAGUACACUAACCUAUAUCCGGACAACGGCUCCUCACGUCACUUGCCGCUGCCGCCUCGGGUAAACGUGUUUCUCCAUUCGUCAACGUUCAGCCUUGCCAGCGCUACGGAAGGUUGCAAGCGUAUAACUCGUAAGAGACCUGAACAAGAAAAGCCAUUGGUUUUAACGCCAUCAUGGCGGCGACUGAACAUCCGCUGAGAGACUCUGCAGGGGACAUAAGCUGCAUCGCUUGUCCAAAAGUACCUGCCUCUCACUUGUGCACGCACUGUGGUCACAUGUUCUGUCAGGCGUGCACGGAUUGGCUGCGGCAUAUCAGCGUGGGAAAGGUCGACAACCUGCGCUCCAUUUUGCGAUCAGAAAGCGAGAGUGGUCCCCAAACGAGUCAACUGGAUGUCUCAAAAGAGAUUUCAGUCUCGAAAACUCUCCAAACCAAGCACAACUGCCAUCUGGUGGCUGGCUGGGUGACGGACGUUACAAGAAAGCUGCAAGAUGAUGGCGCAGAGGCUCGCAGUCGAAUCUUGCGAGCAGCGGACGUCCUCGAACAAGCGGUGGCAGCCUGGAGAGGAAGUCUCCUACAGGAAGUCGACGAUCACGUGAUCAGAUCAACACGUCAGCUCGAAAGACUACAAACACAGUUGGAGAAACAUCCACGUGACGUCUGCUCGGUAUGCGUGGGUGAGUCAGUUACACGUGACGUCACCAACGUGUUUCCCAACGACGCAUUGCGAGGAUGCAGACGAUCGGGGGAAUCCCCUUCUGUAGAUAAGUUUCUGGUUGCAAAAAUGGACGAGACUGUCAUGGAGAGAGUGAAGGAAGACAUCAAGAACAUUUGCUGUCUUGCCUUUUCAACCAUCGACGAAGCCUGGGAAACCUACUUGAAACAUGCAGAGAUGCCUGAAGACAAGGAGCUGAGCCGAGUGACUGGGUCGUCUGAGAGCGCCUGCUCCCAAAGUUCAAGUAGCAGCUGCAGUGUCGCCAGUCUCCUGUCUGUGGACGAUGUGCAGGACGGAGUGGAGAAGGUCGCGCAGUGUGAAGGAAGCCUUAGAGCGUCCGAUACACACGACAACUGCAGUGACUUGCUUCGCACUGGAAACGCUCCGGAGGGCCUCAUUACACUAGACUACAGGGAAGAUGACCAGGGGAGGCAGGGCGGGUGCUCAGAUGUCUCUGAGGACUGUGACCCAGAAGACUCACGUGAGGUCGUGAGUGAAGAGGCUGACGUCACAGACCAAGGUGAAGGUCGUGUGUAUGUAGGGACCGCGGGCAGCGUUCACAUCGCACAGACUCUCAUCGAGGUUGACAUUCGUGCAAACGAGCGCGACAUGGCAAGAGUGGCGGCCCCUCAAGGUUGCGGCGUGGUGCAGCACGUUGAUCGCAUUGUGGUGGCGCAGCACAGCACGACACUCAACAUCCAUGUGGGCGACCGGCCGGACCUGGUGCAGCACGUCCUUAUUGAGCAAAUCACAGACCCCGCACUUGUUCACGCAGUCGACAAAGUGCUUGUGGCGAGAAUAUCGUGGCGAACGGAAAGUGACAGGAAGUUAUCUGCAGAACAACCGGGCUACACUUCUUCGGAAGCUGCUCAGACAGAUGAAGAAAACCACACCUGUGACAGGGACGCAACAAAAUUCGACGAAGCCUGGCACAAAGAGACCAGUCGCAGAGAAGGUCUCAGUCAUCUUUGCCAGGACCAGACCAAGGAGAUGGAGGUCAAAGUCACGAGAUUUGUGGUCAAAGUUCAGGAUGUUCACGACCAGCUUGUCGCUGGCGUGCUGCAGCAGCUGGAGGCAGGGAAGCUGGAGGACGUGGUGCGGCGACUGUACACUGACUUUAACGUGCGCCUGAUGGCAGUGGACUGCGGCCUCGGCUUUCUCAUGGACGUCCCGAUGGCGCAGUGGAGACAGGCAAAAAGCCAGCAUGUGGCAUUCAAAAAGUCCUCAGCGAUUUACUUCCCGGACAAAGGUCCCAGGAAGUGGACUGGAGCGAUUUGGAAAUUUUUGAACCUGAUAUGGAAUGAACACUCUGUCGACCUUCAGCUGGGGAAGCCUCUAUCUUUACAGCGGGAACGGGGGAGUCCAUUUUCCCAGAACAUGUCUCUCUGGCAAGAUUUUAUCAGCCUCCAUUUUCCCGAACGACACUCUCAACCUACACCAUUCCUGCCUCUAACGGCCAAAGCUCUCUGACCACGCAAGUCUCACAUCCACAGGC